UCUAUCGUGUAAGCUUAGUCACCGGAAGUCCUAGCUAUUAUAUUUGCUUAUGAUGGCGGCGUUGGUGGUUCCUCGCCUCGCCGCGUUUGGUAACUUUUCAUCGAGAUCCAUUUCAGUAUUUGCGAUACAACAGAGCUUGUCGCUACACCAGAGCUUGUCGCUACACCACAUUGCUAAAAGUGGCAAUGCUACAUGUGUGGUUUCAGUCAGAGAGAAAAGCACAGCGGUGGCUGCUGCCAAGCCCGCUGCAGUAACAAGCAGCAAGGGAGAGUAUGUUAUCACUAAGCUGGAUGAUCUGGUGAAUUGGGCACGCAGGAGCUCCCUAUGGCCCAUGACGUUUGGACUGGCGUGCUGUGCGGUGGAGAUGAUGCACAUGGCGGCUCCUCGUUAUGACAUGGACCGGUUUGGAGUGGUGUUCAGAGCCAGCCCCAGACAGUCCGACGUCAUGAUUGUGGCAGGCACCCUGACCAACAAGAUGGCCCCCGCUUUGCGCAAGGUUUAUGACCAGAUGCCUGAGCCAAGAUAUGUAAUUUCCAUGGGAAGCUGCGCCAAUGGGGGUGGCUACUACCACUACUCUUACGCAGUGGUCAGAGGGUGUGACCGCAUCGUACCAGUGGACAUAUACGUUCCAGGCUGCCCUCCCACAGCAGAGGCCCUUCUCUACGGGACGCUCCAGUUGCAGAAGAAAAUAAAGAGAGAGAAGAAAAUGAGGAUUUGGUAUCGCAAGUGAAAUUCUGUCUCUUGCUGUUUGUAAAUGUUGUAUUUAUGGGUGGUCUGGCCACCCAGUAAACCGGUAGGCAAUAUCCUCAGGAGUCACUCUGGGUAUUCUCUGGCUCCUCUUCUCUGUAUAAACAAUAAAAUACAUUUCUUGUCA